AAGUAUCAAUUUUUUUUUUUUACUCGCCCCUAGGCCCCAAAUCUGAGAUUUAUUUGGUCACAUACAGUCCUUCCAUUUUUUAUUCCUUCGUAAUGAAUAAGCCUAUGAGUUCAUUGCUGCUUGCAGCUACUUUACUGGCUGGCGGCUCUAUUGCCCAGCAAACUGUUUGGGGGCAGUGCGGAGGUCAAGGAUGGAGCGGCCCGACCAGUUGCGUUGCUGGAUCCGCCUGUUCUACUCUCAACCCAUACUACGCUCAAUGCAUUCCUGGAGCCACUACCAUGUCUACCUCAACCAAGCCCACUUCGGUUUCAGCAUCAACUACCAGGGCGAGUUCAACAUCGUCAGCUACUCCUCCAGCUGGCUCUGGCCUCACCAGAUUCGCUGGAGUCAAUAUUGCCGGAUUCGAUUUUGGCUGUGGGACUGAUGGAACCUGCGUCACCUCCAAGGUAUACCCGCCGCUGAAGAACUAUGCUGGCACCAACAACUACCCUGAUGGCGUUGGUCAAAUGCAGCACUUUGUCAACGAUGACAAAUUAACCAUUUUCCGCCUCCCUGUGGGAUGGCAGUACCUUGUGAACAAUAACUUGGGUGGAACUCUGGAUUCAAACAACUUUGGUAAAUACGACCAGCUGGUUCAGGCUUGCCUCUCUCUGGGCGUAUACUGCAUUGUUGAUAUACACAACUAUGCACGCUGGAAUGGCGGGAUUAUUGGCCAAGGUGGGCCUACAAAUGAUCAGUUUACCAGUCUUUGGUCACAGUUGGCGCAGAAGUACGCCUCUCAGUCGAAGGUUUGGUUCGGAAUCAUGAACGAGCCACAUGAUGUGAAUAUUAACACAUGGGCUACUACUGUUCAAGCUGUUGUCACUGCUAUCCGUAAUGCCGGCGCUACCUCACAGUUUAUUUCCUUGCCAGGAAAUGAUUGGCAAUCUGCUGGAGCGUUUAUUUCUGAUGGAAGUGCAGCCGCCUUAUCUCAGGUCAAGAACCCUGAUGGUUCCACAACCAAUCUGAUUUUCGAUCUACAUAAGUACCUGGAUUCGGAUAACUCUGGCACUCACGCCGAUUGUGUCACAAAUAACGUUAAUGAUGCUUUCUCACCUGUUGCCACUUGGCUCCGUCAAAACAACCGCCAGGCUAUCCUGACUGAGACAGGCGGCGGUAACACUCAAUCAUGCAUUCAAUAUCUUUGCCAACAGUUCCAAUACAUAAAUCAGAACUCCGACGUCUACCUUGGCUACGUUGGCUGGGGCGCAGGCUCAUUUGAUAGCACUUAUAUCCUUACAGAGACCCCGACAGGUAGCGGAAGCUCCUGGACUGAUACGUCUCUUGUAAGCUCAUGCAUUUCCCGGAAAUAGCGUCGAACCAUUGAGUCCAGUCGCAAAAGUUUUUCCAUUCUCGUUUAUUCUUCCUGUUGAACAUAGUUGUUAUUCUAUGGUCUUUCUGUAUUUAUCAUAUUUGUCACAUGUUUUCAUCAAUGUUGUACACAAUUUUUUGUCCAAUACUCCGCGGUGCUUAUUGCAAUUCUCAUGCCGUGCCCUGCAUUCUGCGACAAUCACAUCUAGGUAUGUAAUGACCAAUGUGAGAUGUCUGCUACACACGCAGAAUCUUUAUCACCGAUGCGACCAUAUUUCCAAAAAUAUUUCAGAGGCUUGGAUUCCAAUAUAGAGCAAAUGAGACCCAUCACCGCAGUAUAACCUGACUCAAUAGUGAAAAGAAGCUUGGAUGACAGAAGCUGAGCGGUAACGCUAUCACAGCUCAGCAAUUCAACAAUCUUCGAACAAUACGAAGAUGAACACUGCUAUCUAUACGUAUUACUGAUACCACGAAGAGUAUUUUGUGUCGUCCAAGA